CUGACGCAGCGUCGUCCUCGGCGCGCUCCUCGGCAAGGCCAGUUGACAGUGAAGCAACUGCAGCCGGAGGACCGCUCAAGCAGCCGAAGCAGCCGGAGGACUGCCGAAGCAGCCGGAGGUCUGCCGAAGCAGCCGGAGGUCUGCCGAAGCAGUCGGAGGACUGCCAAAGCAGUCGGAGGACUGCCAAAACAGUCGGAGGACUGCCAAAACAGUCGGAGGACUGCCAAAGCAGUCGGAGGACUGCCAAAGCAGUCGGAGGACUGCCAAAGCAGCUGA